GAGCAAGACUGACAUGGCUGAUAUUUUUGAUUCGGUCAUCUAGUUUUUAAAUAAUUUUUAAUUUUGUUUAAAAAAAGUGGUGUUUAGUUGUUUGUCAUGCUCUCGUGCUCCCCUGGUGGUGCAGUGUAACAAUCGUCGAUAAUGUCAACGCCGAGUACAAAGUGGAAGUGUAAACAAUUAUCAAAUAAUUGAAGUGUCCUCCUAAUGGCAGCCAAGUGUACGAUUUUCGCCGAAUUUUUUUCCGCGGACAUGUAAAUAAUUAUGCAAAUGUGCGCGAAUUCAUCUAGACUUUUUGUUGUUUACGAUGCCUCCUAAAGCACAUCGCGACAUGGCCAGAACUAGCCUCCUUGUGUUUUGUUGUGCUGUUUUUUGGCUGGGCCGAUUGGAUAACGGGGUUCAAGCACUCAAAUGUAAAUGCGAUGUGUGUAAGGAAACCAACUACACGUGCCAGACGGAAGGGUACUGCUUUACAUCGACUUACUUGCCUAAAUCUGGAGUCAUCGAGCAUACUUAUCGAUGUUACGACAAAAAAAGCAUACCUGAUAUAGUUGAAACAUCAGGCAUGUCAACUGAAUUUUGUUACCGAUAUGCUGUUGUUACAAAUCACCCGGACUUUACCAAAGUGGCAUCAGCGUGCUGUGACGAUAGAGAUUUUUGUAAUGCUAAUAUAACUUUGUCCUUACCAAACGAAUUAGAAUGGUUAGAAAAUGCAUCGAUGGCAGGCCCAAAAUUCUCCAACUUUACAACAGCGGAAAUCGUCUUGAUGUCUGUCAUCCCUACGAUGUUGUUAUGUUUCGUCGGCGUUGGCAUUUAUUAUUUUUACAAAACAAAACAUAAGCGUGGUGGGUUGCACCACCAUUUACGUCACGGAGAGGAUAGUAUCGAAGCCCCCGAUCACCCGAUUUUAAAAGGGGUGAGUUUGCAGCAUAUGAUCGAGAUGACGACAAGUGGUAGCGGGUCAGGGUUGCCUUUGUUAGUGCAACGCAGUAUAGCUCGCCAAAUCCAGCUUGUUGAAAUCAUUGGUCAGGGGAGGUUCGGGGAGGUGUGGAGAGGACGUUGGAGGGGCGAAAAUGUCGCUGUAAAAAUUUUCAGUUCACGAGAGGAACGUUCAUGGUUUCGGGAAGCCGAGAUUUACCAAACCGUCAUGUUACGGCACGAUAAUAUCUUAGGAUUCAUCGCAGCCGAUAAUAAAGAUAACGGGACGUGGACCCAAUUGUGGUUGAUCACCGAUUAUCACGAGUAUGGGUCGCUUUUUGAUUUCCUGGGUCGAAAUACGUUGGACACCAACGGUAUGAUAAGAAUGGCCUUGUCUAUUGCCACGGGUCUUGCCCAUCUCCAUAUGGAUAUAAUGGGUACACAGGGCAAACCGGCGAUUGCCCAUCGCGACUUGAAGUCGAAGAAUAUUUUGGUCAAGUCGAAUUUUACGUGCGCUAUUGGCGAUUUGGGACUGGCGGUGAGGCAUGAUGCCACCACUGAUACGGUCGAUAUUCCUCUCAAUAAUCGAGUGGGAACUAAACGGUAUAUGGCACCAGAAGUGUUGGACGAAACGAUGAAUGUAAAUCAUUUCGAUUCGUUCAAAAGAGCCGAUGUUUAUGCGUUGGGGUUGAUAUUUUGGGAGAUUGCGAGGCGGUGUAACGUGGGAGGAAUUUACGAUGAGUAUCAGUUACCGUUUUAUGAUGCUGUGCCAUCUGAUCCCACCAUUGAAGAGAUGAGAAGGGUGGUGUGUGUCGAUAAGCAAAGGCCGAACAUACCGAACCGUUGGCAGAGUUGCGAAGCUUUGCGGGUCAUGUUGAAAUUAAUGAAAGAGUGUUGGUACCACAACGCGACGGCUCGAUUGACAGCUUUGAGGAUUAAAAAGACACUCUCUAACUUCAGGACAUCAGAGGAACUUAAAAUGUGAAAGUUUAGUACGUUUGUGUCAGGUGUACAAAACUGUGUGUGAACGUUCACGCGAUUUUUUACGUUUUAAUUCGAUUAUUUUCCGAGUAUUAAGGUGUAAACCGGUCCUAUGUGAUAGAGCGUUGAUUUGUUAAAAAAAUGUCUCAUAGGAUGUGUUGAAAGGUCUGUAUGAAAGAGUGAAAUGUUCACUGCCCCGGUUUGGUUCAUAUCCACAACAAUACCGUACUGCCUGCCCACCCAUUCCAUAAUUUACGAUAGUUGAGAGCUUCUUCCUUGAUUUUAGUUGGUUUUCCGUGUACAGUUUGACCAUAAUAUUGUGAUCCUUCCCGACUCUCUGCUUGAUCUCUAUUUCUGUUGAUUGUUAUUCUACUGAAAAAAUUAACUGCCGAUAUGCCAAAACCAUAAACAGAGUCAAUUAUUUUUACACAAACAAAGUAAUAGCUGUUAAAAGACAAUAUUUUUUAUUCAACAAUGUUCAAUUUAAGGUCAACUGUCAUAGUGGAUAAAGUAGAGGUCUUUUUAUACAUAGUGUAGAUAUAAUACGUAAUUAUUGUACAUUUAUUUUAUUUUCGGUUCGAUUCAAACAGCAAAAAGGCUCCUAGUCAACAAUAGUGCAGACUAUAAACAGAUAAAACAAAUUCUGACAACACUUGUGUGAAUGUGGAGUGAAAAAAUUUCGUAGUUCCUACAAAAGUCGUUCAUUUAUUUCGUGGUGGAUUUAUUUUUGGUCGAUUUUUGUUACGCAAGCGUGUAGUAGACCUAAAGUUUUAUCAUAGUUGUUGCAUAUUUUUCAUUUGUAAAUAUUUUAGUUUUGAUGCGAGGAGAACGUAAUUUAACGUGUAUAAGAAUUUAAUUGUGCUAACUAUAUUUUUAAGGAUAUUUAUAAAAAAAAUUUACUAUGUAAUUGUUGUGAGCCUAACAUAUUUAGUUUUGCGAAAAAAAUUACUAAAAAAUUAAGGUGCACCUUAAAAAAAGAUUGACAAAAUAUAGUUUGCAUAAGUAUAUUUUUAAGUGGUUAAAGUUAUACUCAUAAUAAUAUACAUAUAGUUAUUCUAAUCAUGUAAUAUGAUAAAAUUUAAGUUGUACAGUUGCGUAGACUAACGUUAGUGAUGUAAAAUAUUGAUUGAUUUCCAUAUACACACAACACUUUUCCUCGAUUUAUUUAUUGUCAAUAUUAUGAACGGUCAUACCUCAAUUUUUGAAAAGAUGUGUAGAAAGGUUUGAUUGUUGUGUACGAGAUUUUUCUGUAUAUUUUUGUGUGUUGAGGAAUUAAAAGUAUUGGAAACAUAAAUUGGUGCGAAAUUAAGACUGAUUUGAAAUAAUUUCUCUUACAAAAUUAAAAUAGUUAGAUUUUUUAUAUUGAUUAGACUAGUUAGUGAUUUGUGAACCCAUAAUUUGUUAGAUUUUUUGCACAAAUUCUUCACUUACCUAUACAUACAGUAAUAAUGAAUGUUAUAUACAACAAUCUCGUGUAGAUGGUUAAACCGACGUCUUGUCUUUUGUCAAUAUGUAAAUACAGAUGUAGCUAUCCUCAUUAUUGAAAAAAGUGGUUAACCAUUAAAUGGUAAAAUAUUUUUUAAAUAACAAUAGUGCUGUUUGCAAGGUACAAAUUCAUGUCAGAGUUUUAUACAAGAGUAAAUUUGUUGUCAAGUUUUUGCCAAAUGUGUGCGUGGCCGUAUUUAUUACAACACAAACUGUGAUUCACCGCUCAUCUAAGCCGUUAAAUACAAAGCUCAGCCUCGUUUUAUAACAGAUACGUCUCUUACAAAUGACAGAUAAUUUAUAGUCGAGUAAAUAGGGCCACGUGCAAAAUCGUAGAGAACAUAGAGAUUAAGGUAUUCAAAAAAUCACACGAAAAAUUAUAAACUCAUCGUUCUGGCAGAAUUUUGGAAGCGGAUUGCAGGGAAAACACGAAGUACUGUAAUCUCUAUAUUAGAUUAAAAAUUCCUCAGGAUAAAUGUACACACAAAUGCAAUAGUUAACCUUACUCAAUAAUUCAUAGAUAUAGUUUUUUUGUUGAGCAAAUUUAUCUAUUUUCGGCUCUUCUGUUACAUUAAAACUUUAAAUUUAUGUAUAAGGCAUUUAACAUAAAUAUGAUUUCUAUUUGUUUUC